AUGAGUAAUGCUCACCGUGUUUCUGUCCUGGUCCUGUGUCUCGCAGUGACCGUUCUUGGUGAAAGUGUUGUCCAGACUCCUCCUGAUCUCCUGAAGAAACAAGAUGAAUUUGCAGAGAUCAAAUGUUCACACAAAGUACAAAGCUAUGAUGUCAUACAGUGGUACAAACAAAGCCAGAGCAUCGGGGACCUUCGGCUCAUGGGAUUCCUUAAUGUUAAAUAUGAGAACAAAGAGAUUGAAUUUAAAGACAAGAUCAAACUGAGUGGAGAUGGAAGAAAUAAUGGCACUCUGACUAUCAACAGCCUCAGACUGAAUGACAGCGCAGUGCAGAAGAGCUUGGUGAAAGAAGCCAUGAUGAACACGUUCCUUAGCGUUUCUGUAAUGAUGUUUACAGCUGCAUGUCUUGGUAAAACUGUGGAUCAGACGCCAGAUAACCUCAUCAAGAAUCAAGAUGAAUCUGCUGUGAUCAUAUGUGCUCACAAAAUACCGAACUAUGACCAAAUCCUGUGGUACAAACAAAGUCAGGACACGUCAGGCCUCAAGUUAAUGGGAUAUCUUUAUUAUAGUGAGAAUAAAGAGUCUGAAUUUGAAAACAAGAUCAAACUGGAGGGAGAUGCAAAGAAAAAUGGCACUUUGUCUAUCAACAGCCUCAGACUGAAUGACAGUGCAGUGUAUUUCUGUGCAGCAUAUUACACAGUGUUCACAAUCACCUCUGACUCAUACAAAAACCUCCUCUUUUAA